CUCCCUGUAAUGCCUCUUCUGGCCAAACGCAUGGUCUGUUUAUUACAAUGAGCGUCGGGAACUGCGAGUGAAAUUGCCUGCCUGCCUGCUUUUUCUUCCUCCUCCUCUCCUGACAAAUGGGUGCCUGUGAGCGCCCGCUCUCACCUCCAGAGCUGCCAGAGAGUGAGGGAUCUCCAGUGCGCAGGGGAGCGAGCCGGAUUCGGGGGAGCCUCCGCACCGCAUUGAUCUUAAAGUGAAUUGUCACACAGAUGAUAAGGCGGGGAGCCGAGGCGAGCCAGCCCUCCUCUGCCUAUCACACACGCUCUCCGACUCCGCCACGCGCCUUUCACAGGACGCAAAACCGCCUUGGCAUUGCGCGAGCAGACUCCCGCCGGCGACGAUGUGGGGCGGCUUCCUCGGCAGAGGAAGUUCAUGCCAUAGCAGUACUCUCCCCGGUCUUGUGCGAACACCUUCGCUGAUGAUGCAGUCCACUCUGGAGAUGAAGCCCUUCAUGUCCUUCCCGGUGGAAGCUACGUCUCCAGUCGGACUCUUUCCCAAUUUCAACACGAUGGACCCCGUGCAGAAGGCUGUAAUCAACCACACGUUUGGAGUCUCCAUCCCUCCAAAGAAAAAGCAAGUCAUUUCCUGCAGCAUCUGCCAGCUCCGCUUUAAUUCAGAUAGCCAAGCCGAGGCACACUACAAAGGCAGCAGACACGCCAAGAAGCUGAAAGCGCAGGAGACGAAAAAUAAGCAGAAAAGCGCUCCUACCAAGGACAGCGCAAAGCCAGUCAGCGCCUCCACCGCGGUCACUGCCUGCAGCUCUGACCAAACAGAGAAAAACUCGGCACUGCCGAACGGGCCCAAGGCCUGCUCUCCGCCGGAAGCCUUCCUCCCGGCAGCCUCCGCUGUGUCCGGCCUCGCCAAAGCCGUGCCCGAGCCGGCGUCCACCAGCCCGCCCGCGGAGACGGGGGCACAGGGGCCGGCCGUGAGGAACAGUGCUAAGCCUGCGCCCGCGCCUGCGCCCCCAGCCCCGCCCACGCCCGCGCCACCGCCAAGCGUGGAGUCAGAGGAGGAGAAAGCCAAGAAGCUCCUGUACUGCUCGCUAUGCAAAGUGGCUGUCAACUCCCUGUCACAGCUGGAGGCUCACAAUACAGGUUCAAAGCACAAAACCAUGCUUGAAGCCCGAAAUGGAGCGGGUCCAAUUAAGGCCUAUCCCAGACCGGGCUCCAAACUCAAGGUCCAAGCCACUGUGAUGAAGGGAUCGGGUUUGCAGAACAAGACGUUUCAUUGCGAAAUCUGUGACGUUCACGUGAACUCUGAAAUCCAACUGAAACAGCACAUUUCCAGCCGGAGACACAAGGACCGAGUUGCCGGGAAACCGCUGAAGCCCAAAUACAGCCCUUACAGCAAGCAGCAGCGUAGCUCCAGUGUUCUGGCAGCUAAACUCGCCCUGCAGAAGGAGCUGGUGAAGCCGCUGUCGCCCGCUUUCAUCUCCAGCCCUUUCUGCCCCACGACCGCGCCCUCCAUGUCCCUGCACCCCCGCCCGAACACGCCCCUGUUUCAGACUGCCCCCCUGCCCCCCUCCUUCCUGCGGGCCGCCCCCGGGCCACUGCGCCCCGCCGCGGGCUCCACCAUUCUUUUCACGCCGUACUGA